AUGAGCGACCCUAACGUCCCGUCCGGUACGAACGACGUGCUUGCGCGUCUGGCCAUGCAGGGCAAGAACCUGCAAGCCAAAUACACCCAAAAUCUCGAAAACUUUAAGCGCAAUACCGGUCAGGAGCACCCCCUCGCCGAGCACGACUCGGCGUCGUCCAAGGCGAACGAUGCGUCGUCUGCUGAGAAGGAGACUCAGCAGGAGAUCAGCAAGUCAUCCGAGAACAAGUGA